GCAACGCAUGGAGAAAUCAUUUCCUCUUUCAUGAGCAAAACUGAAAGUCCCUCCUCCGCCUGCACAGACAUCGCCGCAGUCCUGUGAUCUCUGGACGCUGUUUGGAUUUUUUUGGUGGUGCUGCUGCUGCUGCAGAUAAGGUGGGGAUUAAAAGACCCUGUGGCCAGAUUCUCAGCUGGUGUAAUUGAUUUUGCUCUGUGGCACUACGCCUGUUUCAUGCCAGCUAAGAGUCCAGCCUUCCCUCGGCCCACACAGUUACUGUUGAUGGAGGUGGAGCCUGUGAAAGAAACAUGAAGUCAUUCGGAGGAGCUAGACUUCGGAACACAAAGGUGAGACUGGUCCGAUACAUCAACAGACAACGGCAGUGUAAGCUGAGUGUGCCUCUGAAUGACAGGACAGUGGAGCUCAACAGCUACCCACGAUUCAAUGACUGGUUAGACCUCGUCAAUGUAAAGAAAGAAGUUGUACAGAGAAUCCCAGAGGAGCUAACCCUUGAUGCCUUACUGGAUAUGAACGAAUCAAAGGUGAAAGAAACCAUGAAGCGAUGUGGGGCCAGUGAUGAGGAAUGUUCCAGACUCAAUGGGGCUCUCACCUGCUUAAGGAAGGUGACUGAAUCAGGUGGGGAGUUAAAAGAAGACCUGUUGUGGAAUAAUUCCGACGUGCGCCGAGAGAGAACCUCUGCUCACCCUGCAGAACCCCCCUGCCCACCAGGGCCUGUGUGGACUUCUAGUCUCCUGCAUCUGUCGAAGGGCAACAGCCAGCAGGCCCGCUCUGUGUCGGUGUCCGCUAUCGCUUCUUCGGAGUCUCUCGCCUCGAGCCAUGGACCUUCUAACUAUGCAGAUAACUUCUUGGAACCGUUAGCGUACCCGAGCCACAGUGGCCACGUGGUAUUUAGGACUCCUCACAGCAUCACCAUCACGCCGCCAACGACACCUCAGUUAAAAACGCGGCACAAAUUGAAACCCCCACGGACUCCCCCUCCGCCUAGCCGGAAGGUUUUUCAGCUGCUACCAAACUUUCCAACCCUCACAAGAAGCAAGUCCCACGAAUCACAGCUGGGCAACAGAAUAGAUGAAGUCCCUCCUCUAAAGCUUGAUCUCCCCCAGGCAUCCCCUCAGGCAGGACGAAGAGACAUCGGCUUAUCAGUAACACACAGAUUCUCUACAAAAUCUUGGUUAUCUCAGAUGUGCCACGUGUGUCAAAAAAGCAUGAUGUUCGGUGUGAAGUGUAAGUACUGCAGAUUGAAGUGUCAUAAUAAAUGUACUAAAGAGGCCCCUGCCUGCAGAAUAUCGUUCCUUCCCAUAGCAAAAAUACGAAGGACGGAGUCUGUCCCUUCAGAUAUUAAUAACCCCGUGGAUAGACCUACAGAGCCGCAGUUUGGAACCCUUCCAAAAGCACUAACUAAAAAGGAGCACUCCCCAGCAAUAAGCCACUUAGACUCCAGCAGCAAUCCAUCUUCGACCACCUCCUCCACGCCGUCUUCUCCAGCACCUUUCCAGUCUUCCAAUCCUCCCAGCGCGACGCCGCCCCCAAAUCCCUCGCCCAUGGGCCAACGGGACUGCCGGUUUAACUUCCCAGCUGCCUACUACAUUCAGCAUAGACAACAGUUUAUCUUCCCAGAAAUCCCCAGCUCCCUGCAAGUAACACAGCCGCCUGAAACCGCCGAAGACACUAAUGCCGACGAACAGCUGGACGCAGAAGGGGCAGAAGAACCUGACGCGGAGCAGGUCGAAGAGCAAGAGACAAAUAAAUCAGAACCAGAGUACGAUGAGGACGAGUUAGACGACUUGCCCAAGAAGCGGACGCACUGGCAAGGGAUGAUCUCCCGCAAGGCCAGCCAGACCAGCGUCUACCUCCAGGAGUGGGACAUUCCCUUUGAACAGAUUGAGUUGGGGGAGCCCAUCGGCCAAGGGCGAUGGGGGAAGGUUUACCGGGGCAAGUGGCACGGAGAGGUGGCCAUCAGGCUGUUGCAGAUCGAUGGGAACAACCAGGACCAUCUCAAACUCUUUAAGAAGGAGGUGAUGAAUUACAGGCAGACCCGGCAUGAGAACGUGGUGCUCUUCAUGGGGGCUUGCAUGCACCCCCCUCAUUUAGCCAUUAUUACCAGUUUUUGCAAAGGAAGGACGCUUUAUUCGUUUGUAAGGGAUCCCAAGGUAUCCUUGGAUAUUAACAAAACCAGGCAGAUAGCUCAAGAAAUCAUUAAGGGCAUGGGGUAUCUUCAUGCCAAGGGGAUUGUGCAUAAAGAUUUGAAGUCCAAGAAUGUCUUCUAUGACAACGGCAAAGUGGUGAUCACAGAUUUUGGACUCUUUGGCAUUUCCGGUGUGGUUCAGGAGGGAAGGCGUGAGAAUGAACUGAAGCUGCCUCAUGACUGGCUGUGCUAUUUGGCCCCUGAAAUUGUUCGUGAGAUGUCUCCUGGGAAAGACGAAGACAAGCUGCCCUUCUCCAAAGCUGCCGACGUCUAUGCGUUUGGGACGGUUUGGUAUGAGCUCCAAGCAAGAGAGUGGCCUUUCAAGAGCCAGCCGGCCGAAGCGCUCAUCUGGCAGAUUGGAAGCGGCGAAGGAGUGAAGUCAGCGAAAACCACACAGGUUCCACGGGACCCAGGGCUGUGA